CUAAGCUAAGGUCUGGUUUUUGUGUAUUUGCUUUAGUUUUUUGUAACGCACGGAUAUGGAGACGGCGAGAGAACACAUAGAGGAGAUACGUAAGGAAAAGUUUUCGAUUGGCGGGAAAGAGAACCCAUUGACGGAGGAUCUUCACCAGGCCGUCAAGAACCUCUCUGCUGAACUUUAUGCUAAAGAUGUCCACUUCCUCAUGGAACUCAUUCAGAACGCUGAAGACAACAAUUACUUGGAGGGGGUGGAUCCAUCGCUUGAGUUCAUCAUAACUUCUCAGGACAUUACGGCCACGGGAGCUCCGGCGACAUUGCUGAUUUUCAACAAUGAAAAAGGUUUCUCUUCUAAGAAUAUAGAAUCCAUUUGCAGUGUUGGUCGCUCCACCAAGAAAGGCAACCGGAAACGCGGUUAUAUUGGAGAGAAAGGAAUUGGGUUCAAGAGUGUCUUUCUGGUUACAGCUCAGCCAUACAUAUUCAGCAAUGGCUAUCAGAUUCGAUUCAACGAAGAGCCUUGCCCACAUUGCAAUCUUGGGUACAUUGUCCCUGAAUGGGUGGAGGAGAACCCAACUCUUUCUGACAUAAAACAAAUAUAUGGUUCUGAAAAUACUCUUCCAAUGACGACAAUAGUCUUACCUUUGAAGCCCGAUAAAGUAAAACCUGUGAAGCAGCAGCUCUCCAGCAUGCAUCCUGAAGUCCUCUUGUUCCUUUCAAAGAUAAAGCGACUUUCAGUCAGGGAACAUAAUAAGGAUUCUAGACUCAAUACCGUCAGUGCAAUAGCUAUUACGAGUGAGACUGACUUUGUGACAAAGAAGAACAUUGAUGCCGAGUCCUACACACUACAUCUCUCAGCCGAGGAAAAGGAUAAGGGGUCCGACAAAGAUUGCCGUUACUACAUGUGGAAACAGAAGUUUCCUGUCAGGCAAGUAAACAAAGUUGAAAGGAGAAUGGAAGUGGAAGAGUUGGUGAUCACGUUGGCCUUUCCCUUUGAAGAGCGUCUCAACAGAGGGAUGAGCUCACCUGGGAUCUAUGCAUUUCUUCCCACAGAGAUGGUCACUAACUUCCCCUUCAUAAUGCAGGCAGAUUUUCUUCUUGCAUCAUCAAGGGAAACAAUCCUCUUGGACAACAAGUGGAACAAAGGGAUUCUUGACUGUGUGCCCUCUGCUUUUAUCAAUGCUUUGGUCUCGCUAGUCAAAAAUUCUGGAAAUGCUCCAAUAUCUAGUUUGGCUCCCAUGUUCAAGUUCAUUCCUGUCAAUAGCUCUUCUUAUCCAGAGUUGAAUAUCGUGAGGAAGUCAAUCAAAGAAAAACUUGUCGAAGAAAAUAUUGUUCCAAGUGAGUCGUACACAAAGCAGAAAUUUUUUCAUAAACCUCGCGAAGUUUGUAGGCUUAUGCCUGCUUUCUGGAACAUAUUGGAGAAUGCAAAGAAUGAAGGGGUGAGCUUGCUUGAUCUCUCAUCCCAUGGAAAUUAUAUUUUGAGUUCUGCAUUUGAUAGAAAGGAGUAUGAUCACAUAUUGAGUUUCUUGGGAGUGGAGCCAGUCAACAACAACUGGUAUGUGAAGUGCAUCAGUAGUUCUAAUCUCAUUGGAGGAGUGUCAGAGGAGCUGUAUUUGGAGAUUUUACUCUUUGUUGCUGAUAAUUGGACGUCCAAAUUUGACUGCUCCGACAUCAGGAAUAUACCACUAAUAAAAUAUGUGGGUUGUGAUGGGGAUGUGUCUUUGUGCAGCAUAAAUGAAUGCACACCUGGGAACCGAAAGGGGGUGGCCGUGUCCAUAUCACAACGGAAUGAUCGCGUGUCAUGGCUGGUUGAAUGCAACAAGGAAUUCAGAUGUAUGGGCAAUCGUUUUUUUGUGCCAGAAAUCACACAAGAAGUUAUCUUCUCCAUCAUCUCUAAGAAAGUGAUGUUGUGGGAAUGGCUUCGAGAUCAUGUGAAUAUUAGUGCUAUGACUGUAUAUGACUAUGCAGUUCACCUUAAUAGUUCUCUCCAUAAUGACCGGAAGCUUGCUGUUGCCUUUGUUCACUUCUUGUAUCACUCUCUCGCUAAGAAGCAUCUUUCAAAAGGGGAAGUGGAUCAUUUGUGUGGUAUUAUGCCGCUCGUGGAUGACUAUGGGAAUCUAAGCACACAAAGGAAAGGGGUUCUUGUCCCUGCUAAUGGAAGCAAAUGGGUGGGAUUGAUUGGUUCGAAUCCCUGGAGAGGUGAAGGCUAUGUUGAGUUAGCAGAAGACUACUUGCGUACGGGUCAUAUUGCAGGUGAAUUUACUUCUGGAAAACAGAUUUUAAAUUUCCUAAAAACUUAUGUUGCAGCUUCUGAUAUCCCUUAUAUAUCUCCUCCCAAUGCUGCAAUUCCUGCUGUUUCUGCAAAACUUACCAAUCAAAAUGCAUUCUUGCUGUUGGAUUGGAUUCGAAACCUGAAACUUAGAGGAACUUACAUUCCAGAUAACUUCUUGAAAAGCAUAAAGCAAGGUAGCUGGCUUAAAAUUACUGCAAAUGGCUGUUCUGGUUACAGGUCACCAUCUCAGUCAUUCAUGCUUGCCUCGUCAUUAGGAAACAUUUUGCAGAAUGGAUCAGUGCUUGUUGAUAUUCCAUUGAUUGAUCAAAGUUUUUAUGGAGAUAGAAUAAAUGAGUAUAAAGAAGAGCUGAAGACCAUUGGAGUCAUGUUUCAAUAUGGGGAAGCAUGUGAAUUUAUUGGGAAGCAUCUUAUGUCUCUUGCAGGUUGCUCCACUUUAACUAGAGACCAUGUUCUUUCUGUCCUUUGUUUCAUCAGAUUCUUGAGGGAAAAAUAUCUUCCUCUGGACGAAUUCGUCAACAGUAUCAAAGAAAAAAGAUGGCUAAGGACAUCCCGUGGUGAAAGGUCUCCAGUUGAAUCUGUUUUGUUUGAUUGUGAAUGGAUAACUGCAUCACAAAUCAGUGACAUCCCCUUCAUUGAUACGAAUUACUAUGGGGAGGAAAUCCUUUCUUUUAAAGAGGAACUCAGGUCGCUCGGUGUGUUAAUUGGAUUCUCGAAAAGUUACAACCUCGUUGUGGACAACUUGAGGUCAUCUUCACGCUUGACUUCGCUGAAAGCUGAGGCUCUUCUUUUGAUCCUGGAGUGUAUUCAUCAUUCAACAUCAUCCAACAAAAUCAAUGAGGCAUUGAGAGGUGCGAAAUGCUUCAAGACAAAUAUUGGUUACACGUCUCCAGGAGAAUGUUUCUUGUUUGACCCUGAAUGGGGUUGCAUUCUACAGGUUUUUGGAGGCUUCCCAUUGAUUGAUGAUGAUUUCUAUGGAAGCAGCAUCUUCGAUUACAGGAAUGAGUUGAAGCAAAUAGGGGUGAAGGUGGAUUUUGAGGAGGCUGUCAAAGUAUUUGCUCAAAGUUUCAGGCAGCAAGCAUCUUCCAUGAGAAAAGAAAAUGUGUUGUCUUUCUUGUCAUGUUACAGACAGCUAAAGGACACUCCAUAUAAGUUUCCUUCAGAUCUUAAGAAAUACAUCCGUGAGGAAAAGUGGUUGCGAACUCGGCUAGGUGAUUGUAGAUCUCCAAGCAAUUGCAUUCUGUUUGGACCAGAUUGGCAAUCAAUUUCUCCAAUUACUCUCCUCCCUUUCAUAGAUGAUAGUGACAACUAUUACGGCAACGGAAUUCAUGAAUACAAGAAAGAGCUUAAGAUGAUGGGGGUUGUUGUCGAUCUCAAAGAUGGUGUGAAGUCCGUAGCUGCUGGUCUUUAUUUUCCCCUAUAUCCCGCCUGGAUAACUCCUGGAAAUGUGCUUGCAUUGCUAGAAUGCAUCCGCAUUUUAUUGCAAGAUAAGAAUUAUUCCUUUCCGGACAAUUUCAGGAAAGUGGUUUCUCAAAAAUGGUUGAAGACCUGUGUUGGUUAUAGGCCUCCAGACGUGUGCUUACUGUUCCAUUCCAGAUGGGGCUCUUUUUUGAAGCAGACAGAUGGACCUUUUGUUGAUGAAGGCUUUUAUGGUUCUAGUAUUACAUCCUACAAAGAAGAGCUCAGAGCAAUUGGGGUCACUGUUGAUGUAGACGAAGGAUGCCCAUUGAUUGCCAGCCACCUUGAUUUCCAUCUUGAAUUUUCUACUAUAGUUCGAAUAUAUAACUAUUUGAGUGAGUUUAAAUGGGAGCCAGACAGUGAAGCUGCCAAAAGGAUUUGGAUUCCAAAUGGAAGUCAGAAUGGAAAUUGGGUCAGCCCCGGAGAAUGUGUUUUGCAUGACAAGGAUGGUCUCUUUAGUGUGCAGCUCCAGGUUUUGGAGAAAUACUAUGAACCAAAGUUACUUAGCUUUUUCUCCAGUGCUUUCCAUGUUAGAUACAAUCCUUCAGUUGAUGAUUACUGCAAGCUAUGGAAGAUUUGGGAAAGUUCAGGACACCCAUUGCAACAUGCUGACUGUUGUAAGUUUUGGGUGUAUGUUUCGAAGCACUGGAGCGCAAAGACUGAGAGAACUCUUGCUGAUAGCUUGGUGAAAUUACCUGUUGGUUCAGGCUCAGAUGGAAUUUUGCUGUCCAACAAGCACGAUGUUUUCAUUGCUGACGAUCUCCAAAUGAAGGAUCUUUUUGAGCAGGUUUCUCCUCAACCUGUAUUUGUCUGGUAUCCUCACCAAAGCUUGCCUUCUUUGCCACGGACAAAGUUUCUUGAAAUUUACAGGAAAAUCGGGGUUCGCACAAUAUCUGAAUCUGUGCAGAAGGAAGAAUCAUCCUUAGUGGAUGUUUCUCAUCUCAAUGAGGUGAAUCCAAUGGAGAUUUUGAUUAAGAAAGGGCUUGUUAGGCUCAUCCUUGGUUUUCUAGCAGGCCCCACAAUGAAAAUGGAAGCGGAAAGGAGGCAUGAGGCUAUCAAAGGGCUUCUGAAUAUUACUUUCCUUGAGACAGUUGAACCCAUCACUAUAAACUAUAGUUUGCCUCUUUCUUCUGGGGAAUUUGUAAAAGCAAAAGCAAGACGAGUGAUACUUUGGGAUAGAGAGUCCUCAAAGUUCGUCGCACAGAAGUUGGACAGGUCUGGUGGAUACAAGAAUAUCAUUGAAUAUGCUACAUAUUUUUCUGAAGCAAUAUCCGAGGGUCUGUUAUGGGAGAACAGCGAUCAUAUUGAAACUCUCUCUGAGCUGAUCAAGUUGGGCUUCACUCUGGAAUUUAACGAGGAAGCUGUGGAGUUUUUAAUGAAGUCCAAGAAUUUGCAGAUUUUCAUGGAGGACGAGGAGUUCCUCGCUUCCACCUUCCCUUCUGACCAGGUGCAUUAUCAACUGAAUACUCUCAAGAAAGGCAACUCCUCCAUUGCGGAUUAUUACCAGAAAUUCCAGGCUCUCACUGAUACGUUAUCUAGUAUCGGCCAACCUCUCACUGACGUUCAAAUGCAAGCCUUUCUCCUUGGGGGUCUAGGAUCUGAAUAUGAUCCCUUCGUUACUUCCGUUACCACACGGAUUGAACCUCUUUCGGUUGAAGAAAUUUACGGCCAUCUUCUCUCGCAUGAAAUGCGCCUAGAACAACACCACAAUUUGAUUGACUUAUCGAUUGCUGGAGUUAAUGUUGCUGAUCGUAGCUAUGCCUCACGUGGUCGUGGCAGACGCCACAACUACCGUGGUUUCCAAUCUGGGUCAUCAUCACGUCCGUUUCGAGGCAGGGGGCGUGGAUCCUCACAUGGGGCAUCUUCAAGCCGUGGCACCUCAAAUAAUCACUCUCAGUCAACAGUCUCAUCGCCCAAUCUGCCAGGUAUGUAAUCGAAUGGGUCAUGUUGCAUUUGAUUGUUAUAAUCGAUUCAAUCAGGCAUAUCCCAGAGAUCUUCAAAGAGAUUUGGAUUUUAUAUAAGGUGUAAACUUUUUCUUUUUUUUUUUUCCUGGGCUUUUCUUUCUUUCUCUUUCUAUGUUGGGAGUGCUUCUUUUGUAAUUUUGAACUACAUGAUAAUGUGGGUAUGUAAUUUAGCUACUUUUGAUAAAAAUCCCUUUCCAACGAACUUGCUUCAGCCCUUAAUUGCCAUUGUAGCAUUUGUCUGACCUGCUCGUCUUCUCAGACGAGCAAGAAAGUUUCGCCAAAGAAUUUUUUUGCCAUUUUAUUUGUUUGCGCGGGCUCUCUCUCUCUCUCUUCGGACAGCCGCUGCUUGGGGUGAAGAUGAAAAUGAUCUGGCUUGAUUUUUGGCUUGGUUGUCCUUGAAAGACAGGGUUGUUUUUUUGGCUUGAUUUUUGCCGAGCAAGAAAGGUACGUUCUUGGCUUGAUUUUGAGGGGGUCGAUCUCACUAAAAAAAUGAUUUUGAGGGGUUUUGUGUAUGUGCGUAAUGUUGUGGAACAGGGGUUUUGUGUAUGAAAACGAGCUCAUUUUAGCCACUGUUUCUUCAGGGAUUUUUCGAUGCUGUUGGCCUUCUUUUUAGGUUUCCCCUAAUUGUUGUUCUUCUUUUCCAUCUUUUUGCCUGACUAUGUGAUUAGGUUGAUGAUAGCAACAAGAAAAAGAAGGGCGGAAGUGGGUUUCAAGUAGGGAAGAGAAAAGUGAAGACCAAAUGGACGGCAUUGGCAAAAGCUAAAGCUGCCCUUGCAAUGGAGGUUGAAGAAUGAGGUUUGAUUUGAACGAUUUUACGUGUAUGUGGUGAAGCUAACAAGAACAAACGCGUAGGAGCUAAAAAUAUGCAUGACUUGUUGAGCUUUAAUGAUUUGUAAUCUAGAUGGAAAAGUUAAUGUUAUCUUCACUAUCUCUUUUCAUUCUGUUUUUGUUAUUGACCCAAUUUUCUUAUGGAAAUUAUGUUCUAUAUUUGCUAGAAGAUUUGUAUGCUGUAAUAAUCUCAUGUUGAUAUGCUCUGUUCCUCCAAGUCUAAGUCUGGUGUGCAGAGUAUAAAGAAAGAAUGGGGUCCCUGUCAUGUAGUAUAUGACAAGGUGUUUUGCAUACAUGAGAAAUUGUUAGAGGUACUGACUCUUGGUUGGAGAAAGGGCCUGAAAG